UAAUUGUGAUAAACAAAAAAAUUAAAGAGAAUCGUAAAUCAUUUUACUAAUAAGUUCGUCAUAAUGAUGAAAAAAGAUAACGAUCCUAAUUCUAGUUACCGUAAAAGUGUUUCUGGCAUAUUGAAAAAAUCAAUUACGUCAAACAAGACAAACAAAUCUAAUGCUCAAGCUUCUUUUUCCAACAAAAACGAUUCUUUCUCCAUGAAUGAUUCUAAAACCAAAAUACAAUUAGAAUUUCAAAAUAAUGAUUCUUCAGAAAUUUCUAGCCAAUCAAUGAAUAAUGUGAAUGAAACAGAAAUGUCUACUUCGGCAGAAACUAAUAACAAUAUAAUGUUACCAUCAACAUCGAGAGAGGGGAACAAACUUAAUCUAUUCCUGAAUAAAUUGAAUAAGAAACCUAUGGAUCAAUCAUCAUCAGAUGAUGAGCAAAGUUCUCUAUCACAAAUUUUUUCGACAUCAGGUAACGACCAUCCAAUCAUUGAUCCACAAUCAUCUACAUCAGGAAUAAACGGUAAUUCCGUUCAAUUAAGCUCAUCAACUGAUUCUGAAGAUUUUGAUUUUAUCACCGAUUUCAAUAACAUCGCCGUUUCGAAUAUUUUUUCAAAUAACAGAUCAAUGGAUCAGAUACGUCCAGUUAAUCAAUCAUCAACGUUGGAUAAAUGUUCCAGACAAUCUCAUUCAUCAAUAGUGGGCCAUGCACAUCAAUCGAGUUCCAAUGAUAUACCAAUGAUUCGCAAUUGUUCAUCAAUACCGAGCAAUAUGAAUUUUUUGAAACAAUGUUUGAAAAAUAUCGAAAUGAAUAUAACAUCCAAAACAAAUCGUAUCGCUGAUUUCGGUGGUAAUAAUAUUCGUUUGAAUAGCCACUGCAGUGGUAUGAUUAAUUCACUGGCAUAUAAUUGCAAUCAUAAAUGUGAUUGUAAUAGUCAUCUCCAUCAUUCGCAACAUCAACAUCAGCCAAAUCAUCAUGUUCGAACAACUGGUCCUUCAUUGUUGGAACAGCAUAUGAAUCAACAAUUAAUUCGUAGUAACCAGCAUCAAAAGAAUGGAAACAAUUUGGAAAUGAUUAGCUCAGUUCAGGCGACCAAGAUCAUAAGCAAUCAUUCAAAUAUUGAUAACAUAAACAGUUCGAAUGUGAACCUUACAUCUGCUGCUGUAACUACCUUGACCAGUUCAUCUACUGGCCUUCCAGUAUCGGCAUUGACAGUCAUGGAAUCACCAAAAAUAUUAAAUAAUCGUUCUCAUAAUUGGCAAGCAUACAUGCCGACAUUGAAACACCGAAUGGCUACCAUAUUCAAUCGUGAUAUUUUAGCCGAUGUAUAUUUUCUUGUUGGAAAAAAAUCUAAAACAAGAUUUGCAGCGCAUAAAUUUGUGCUUUCGAUUGGCAGUCCUGUAUUCGAUGCUAUGUUUAACGGACUUUUAGCUAAAAGUUCUGAUAUUAGUGAUAAAUAUGAUGGAAUAAAAGAUGGUAGUCAUGAGAUUGAACUGCCCGACAUUGAACCGGAAGCAUUUAAAGCUUUACUUCGUUUUCUAUAUUUGGAUGAAGUAGAUAUCGACCCUGAAACUGUAAUGACUACAUUGUAUGCGGCAAAAAAAUAUGAAGUCCUAGCGUUGGAGGUUGAAUGUGUAAAUUUUUUGAAAGCCAAUUUGAAUCCCGAAAAUGCUUUCAUGUUACUAACACAAGCUCGCCUAUUUGAUGAAGUGAAUUUGGCUGAUUUAUGUUUGGAAACUAUUGAUAAACAUACCAUUAAUGCCCUUCAAUCGGAAUAUUUUCUUGAUAUUGAUCUGGAUACAUUAAAAAUAGUUCUUGGUCGUGAUACUUUGCGAAUUAGAGAAGCUUCAUUGUUUGCUGCUAUAUUGAAAUGGGCCGAAUCCGAAUGUCUACGCAAAAAUUUACAAAUCAAUACCGAAAACAAACGGCAAGUUUUAUCUGAUGCUGUCUAUUUACUCCGAUUUCCAUUGAUGACGAUAGAAGAAUUUGCCGUGACAGCUGCACAAUCCGGCUUGUUGACAGAUAAAGAAAUUGUAAAUAUGUUUCUCUACUAUACUGUCGAUUCAAAAUGCGCCAUACCUUUCUCAUUUGAGCCUCGUUGUUGUAUCACCGGUGAAGAAUAUUCUGUGAACAGAUUUCAACGAACUGAGAGCCGUUGGGGAUAUUCUGGAUCAAGUGAUCGUAUUCGUUUCUUAACUGACCGUCCAAUAUUUGUAAUCGGUUUUGGUCUUUAUGGAUCUAUACAAGGACAAUCGGAGUACGAAGCUAUCAUCGAAAUAAUUCAUACUGGUUCGGAUAAAGUAGUUGCUUCGAAUACUACACAUUUCAUGUCGGAUGGAUCGGAUUCGACAUUCAAAGUUAUGUUUCAAUAUCCUGUUGAGAUAUCUCAAAAUACUAAUUAUACUGCUUGUGCUACGUUGAAAGGUGUCGAUUCCUAUUACGGGACGAAUGGAUGUCGUACGCUGAACGUUAAUCUGGACAAAGGACACGCUGGCAAAGAUACGGUAACGUUUCAAUUCAGUUAUGCUGCGGGGUGUAACAAUGGUACAUCAAUCGAAGAUGGUCAGAUUCCUGAAAUUCUUUUUUAUGUUUAAAUAAAUUUAAAACUUAACAAAAUAAACAUUUUUAAUAGAAU